UUCAAAACGUUGACAAAUCGUCGUAAUAUGUUCUUGAACACCCCUCCAACGAGUUUAGCUGUCGAAAAGCAUUGUGGGAUAGCAUGCCGGUGGAAAGCUUCUCGAAGGAACUGCAAAGAUGAUGCCCACACCAGUUAUCCUACUCAAGGAGGGGACAGAUACGUCUCAAGGCAUUCCCCAGCUCAUCAGUAACAUCAAUGCCUGCCAGGUGAUUGCUGAGGCUGUCAGGACCACCCUGGGGCCCAGAGGGAUGGACAAACUGCUGGUGGAUGGCAGAGGCAAGGCCACAAUUUCCAAUGAUGGAGCCACCAUCCUGAAACUACUAGAUGUGGUUCACCCUGCAGCUAAAACGCUGGUGGACAUCGCUCGCUCCCAGGAUGCUGAGGUUGGGGAUGGCACUACCUCUGUCACUCUUCUGGCUGCUGAGUUCCUGAAGCAGCUGAAGCCCUAUGUGGAGGAGGGUCUCCACCCUCAGACCAUCAUCAGAGCAUUUCGCACUGCUACUAACCUUGCUGUCAGCAAGAUCAAGGAGAUUGCCAUCUCUGUGAAGAAGGAUGACAAGCAAGAGCAGAGGCAGCUGUUGGAGAAGUGUGCCGCCACAGCACUAAACUCAAAGUUAAUUGCGGGUCAGAAGGACUUCUUCUCUAAAAUGGUUGUGGAUGCUGUCAUGUCUCUGGAUGAGCUUUUGUCCCUGAAGAUGAUUGGCAUCAAGAAAGUCCAAGGAGGAGCUCUUGAGGAUUCCCAGUUGAUCUCUGGGGUUGCAUUCAAAAAGACAUUCUCCUAUGCUGGAUUUGAGAUGCAGCCCAAACGUUAUGAGAAUCCAAAAAUUGCGUUGCUUAAUGUAGAACUGGAGCUGAAGGCUGAGAAGGAUAACGCUGAAGUUCGGGUGAAAUCUGUGGAGGAUUACCAGGCCAUUGUGGAUGCAGAGUGGAACAUCUUAUACGACAAACUUGAAAAGAUCUAUCAGUCAGGAGCUAAGGUGGUUUUGUCGAAGUUGCCCAUUGGUGAUGUGGCCACCCAGUACUUCGCUGACAGAGACCUGUUCUGUGCAGGCAGAGUGCAGGAGGAGGAUCUGAGAAGGACCAUGAUGGCCUGUGGAGGCUCCAUCCAGACCUCAGUAGGAGCAAUGACUGACGACGUCCUGGGACAGUGUGAACUUUUUGAGGAGGUCCAGGUUGGAGGAGAAAGGUAUAACUUCUUUAAGGGCUGUCCCAAAGCAAAGACAUGCACCAUCAUCCUGAGGGGCGGAGCAGAACAGUUUACAGAGGAAACGGAGCGAUCUCUUCAUGACGCCAUCAUGAUCGUACGCAGAGCCAUUAAGAACGACUCCAUCGUGGCAGGUGGUGGAGCCAUAGAGAUGGAGCUGUCCAAGUACUUAAGGGAUUAUUCCAGGACCAUCCCUGGAAAACAGCAGCUGUUGAUUGGCGCAUAUGCCAAGGCCCUGGAGGUCAUUCCCAGACAGCUGUGUGACAACGCUGGUUUUGAUGCCACCAACAUCCUGAACAAACUUCGGGCCAAACAUGCACAGGGUGGUAUGUGGUUCGGUGUAGACAUCAACAACGAGGACAUUGCGGACAACUUCACUGCCUGCGUCUGGGAACCAUCCAUCGUGCGAAUCAAUGCUCUAACAGCGGCGUCGGAGGCGGCCUGCCUCAUCCUGUCAGUUGAUGAGACCAUCAAGAACCCACGCAGCUCUGUGGAUGGACCCCCAGGGGGUGGAAGGGGCAGAGGCCGCGGAAGGCCCCAUGCCCACUGAGACGAGAUGGAAACAAAACCCAAUUUCUUUUUGUAACUGCGAUUAAAAUCCAAAUGCAGGUAGAUGAUCAGGCUACAUAUAAGAAAAGGUGCAGCUGUGUGCACCUGGUCAUGUCCAACCAGCCUUUGGAUUUUAAUUCUAGAUGAAGAGAGGAGUUGAUUUUGGGCAUAGCGGUGUUUCACAUGGCAGAAGCAGUCAAACAAACAAGGGGAAGGAGAAGUGCAUUUUAGUUUGAAGACAUGUUCUUGGAACUUUGUCAAAUAGCUGAAAACCUUCUCCUGUAGUUUUUUCAUUUCAAGCAGUGUCUUUCCUCAUACUCCUCCUCUAGACCAGUUUGUUUUCUGAGCUGAAGGUGUUGUUGCAUCAUUUUCUAUGUUCUAUAACAUGCAAAGUAAAGCACUGAAAGGAUGUCAAACAGUUCUGACUCAUCGGUUACGCUGCGUGAAGCUAUUUAUUGGUUCAUUGUUAACAAUAAAUUCACAGCUUAAAUCAAA